UUCAAAAGCACGUCAAAUAUAGAGAACAGGUUUCUUUAUAAUUCCCACAAUAACAAAUUUAGGUUAUUAAAUAAAAUGAGUUAAAGAAUUUCUACGGUUAUUUCAAUAAAAUUCUUCAGUCACAGAUCUAAAGAAAUCAUGGCUAAUAUACCUUUAGUUCAAAAUUUUUCGCUGCCGGGAGAAAUUAUUCGAAAAUUUGCCGUAGAUUGGUCAGCUGACAAUAAAAUUGCUGUCUGUACAAGUAAAAGUAUUUAUAUAUUGAAUUCUUAUUGUAGUCCAGUUGAAACUGGUUUCCCACCACCAUUGCAUAAACAAGUUAUUCAAGCACCAGAUCAACCAAUGCAGUUAAAUCCUAUUUACAUACCUCCCAAUCCAUAUCAGUAUGUCAAAUCAACAACAGAUAGAGAGAAUCUUUAUCAAAUUUUAAUGGAUCAUACACUUAACCCAACACCUUCAGAAAGGGCUGAGGCAUUCCGUUCUUUUAGAUGUUGUAAGUGGUCUCCCAAAGGAGCUGCUGGUACUGGAAGGUGUUUAUUAGCCACUCUCACAAUGGAUCAUCGUCUAGCACUUUAUGAGGAAGUUGAGAAAGAAUGGAAGUGCAUUUGUGAUUUAACUGAAUUGUUAAAAAAAGAAAUUGUUCCGGCUCAAUCCAAUAAUGUUUCACAACCCAAACCAACUAGAACUAGUCGAAGAAGAAAAAAACGAGGAGGUAGAGGUAGAGGUAAAAGGACAUUUGUUGUUUUAGAUGAUACCGAAGAGGAGGAAGAAUCUAAAGAAGUCUUUAGUAUUUCAAAAUCCUUAAACUAUGAAAAAAUAAGGGAUGAGACGUAUAAAUAUGCACCGAUGGAAAUUACUUGGACUGGUAUGUUUGGUGGACCAGCAACUGUUAUAGGUGAUAAGAGUCAUGAAUUUUGUUUUCUCAUUGUUGCUAUGAAAAGUGGGCAUAUCCAGUUCUGGAAAGUAUCUUCUAGUGAAGGGAGGACGAUCUCACUUGUUUAUGAAUGUGAUAUGGCACUUGGAAUGAUUACAUCAUUAAGUUGGCAACAAACAAGCUCAACAGCUGGUUUCUUAAUGUGUGGAAGUUUAAAAGGUAUUUUAGGCUUUUUACCAGUAGCAGUUGUAAUGGCAGAAGAAGAACUAACGGUUUCUGUAAAGAAUCUGUGCAAAGUUUGGGAUGAAGAAGACCACAUGGCUGUAGAUCACAUAUCAGUUUUAAAGAUUGCUUUAAGGAAAUAUAUCUGUAUUGCAGCCAAAAUGCAUGCUCUCAUUGGAUGUGAAAUUUUGUUAACUGAGGACUCUAUUAUGAUACGCAAUGUUGGUCACUCUUUUGGACUUCAUAGACUUCCUGUGACAGGGAUGGCUGUCAUUGAUAUGAAGAGUAUUCCUCAAUAUAAAGUAUUGCUCGCAACCACUGAAGGAAAGCUUAUUGAAGUAAAAGUUUCUCUUGGAGAAGAUGAAAUAAAAUUUCAGCAUGAUCGUUUGUCAAUUGACCUGGAUUUAAAAAACUAUAUGAUUCAAGGAUUAGCUCUCUCUACAAAUGGUUUACUUGGUGGAAUUGUACUGAAAACUGCAGUCUAUUAUGAUCAUCUGGAAAAGAAAGAACCAUUACAGUUCGCUAUGUUUGUAACAAAACCUUUUGAAGAAAUAUAUGCAAAGUUGAAAAACAUAUUGAAACCUCAGUAUUCAUUUUUAAAUACAGACAGUAAUGCAAUUACUAGUUAUACGGAUUAUUUGGAUAUUAUUCGUAUGAAUCUGGCUGCAGGAGUUCCAUUACCUGAUUGGUUAACAGCCUAUACAACCAAUGCUAUACAGAGAAAUGAAAACUCCUAUUCAACAUUAGAACUGUACUUUAUGAGAUUUAUUCUCCAUGCUUAUGUUUCUGGACUUGCAGUUGGUGCUCCUAAAGAUAAAGGAAUUUUUGAAGAAAGGAUGAAUGAGGUAGAUAGUUUAAUCAUGUGCAGAUACAUCUCUAAAGUCAUUAACAGCUGCAAAGAAAACCUUGAUCUGCUGUCCCCUGGCCAAGCUCAGUCAUUGCUCCUGAUGGCAGACUGGCUUUUCAAGAAGUUUGAUACGACACUGGAUUUCCUUUAUGCUGCUUUCGGCUGUGAAAUGCCAUUCGAGAAAGAAUCCGUACCAGCCAGAGAAACAUGUGGGAUCUGCAGAGAGGAAGUCAAUUUGGAUCAUUUAAAAGUUGCACAGUGUCCCAAAGGUCAUGAAUUCACCAGAUGCUGUCAGUCAUUGCUGUUGUGUGAUGUUGUACCUUUUAAUGUUUGUCCUGCCUGCAAGAGUGUUGUGUUGAGAGAUAUUUGGAAUUUUGAUCCGUAUUGUACCUAUUGUGGCAUGAUGACAAUCUGAUGCAAUAGUAUGGUAUUUUUGUAAGUGCAAUUUUGUUAUUUUGCUCGGGAAAACUAUUUUUUGUUGCAUUUAUCACUGUAUAUAUCAUGUCAUUUCUGUAAAUAUAAUACUUAUUGAUGUUUCAUAGUUUUGUUUUGUUAACAUUUGUGAGUACAGCAAAUAUAUAUAUGACCUCUGACCUUCUCCCCUUCCUGUGCUUUAUUAUUUUAAUUAUUAUUACUUUACUCUGAAUAAAAUAUAUUGUUGUUUUCUCACAGUGUAUUGCCACUAUAACAUUUUUUUUUUUUUUUUUAAUUCUAGGAUACAUUCCUACUCGAAACUAAUGUUUCUCAGCUCUCCCCCUCCCUCCCUUUUAAAUAAAGCUAUAAUUUUCUCGCAAGGAAUGCAUGUUAUUUUUAAUUUCUUUCUAGUAUUAUGCUAGAUCUAUUUUUUUAAAUGUGUUUAAAGUCAGAAAUAUAUGAACUUUUUCUGAAAACACAUUUCAAAAUGUACUUAAAAUAGUUUUUCCACAUAUGACGAAAAUUUAGUUUCUUAAUGUCCUAAUUCAAUUAAAUGUUAUCAUGUUUUAUGAAAGUCAUGAUAGUUUUAAUCCAUCAUGUAUUUUAAUAAAAAUUGUGGAAGGGAUCAAACUAUAAGAAAUAUCUUUAGUUUUUUUAUCACUUACAAAUCCAAACUGGUUGGUUUCAUAAAAUUAAAUAAAUGUUCACUUUUCAAACUAAAUCAUUUUUUUUAAAUAGAGAACAUUAUAUAAUGUGAAGAAAUAAAAUGUACUGUGCUUUCUACCUUCCAGAAAACAAAAAACAAAAAAAAUUUCAUUAUUUAUUUUAUAAACAGCAAUGGUUAUUUUUCCCAUAUUUUUAUUAAUACAUAUCCAUAUUAGAAUUUUUAGGUGUUUUUUGCCUUAUUAGUUCUGAAAUUUUUUUCUAAUUUUGUUUUUGCUUAUAUCUGAAUACUCUAUUUCUAUUAUUAGAGUGUCUAAUCUAAAUUUUAUUGAAUAUAUAGUAUAUUAAUUGUUUUACACAAAUUAUUUAAAAUGUCAAUAAAUAAAUAUGUAUAGUGUACAAGUCAAGAUUGUCAAAAUUAAGAAAGAGCACAACGGACAAUCUGAUGUUAGGCAUGAUUAAUUUCAUCUGAAUUUUCAGAAUCCAUUCUUUUUUAAUCAUGCAGAAUUGUUAUGUAGAAACUUAUAAAACGUUUUUAUGUGAUAAAUGUAUUUCUCUUUCACAGUAUUACAACAAAAAUUUGAAAUGAUAAUCUAUUUUUUUCUAAUGAAAAAAGUGAAUUAAAUGUUAUCAAAACAUAAAAUGGCAGACACAUUCAUGUUAUAUGGUGCAAAUGUAUUUUAUACAAUCAUUGUUCAAUAUUCUCAGUGGAAAUGUAUGCUGUUCUUGUGU